UCAACGGCCACACACAGCUGCCACAUGCUAAACGUAUCAACAGCACACAAAAUCGCUCAUCGCAUUGAGUACUGAAGUGAGACAUCACUUUGUCUUUAUAUAUUGAUCAUGGUAAACUGCCAUACUUCCCUGGGUCUCUUCCUUGUGCUGCUGUCUGCUUGCGUGAUACAUGCAGACGUUUCAUGUGAGGCGACAAAGAAAAACAUUCCAACGAUGACCAAAGAUAAUAUAUUUUUUAAUAAAACCACGCCAUUGGUUAUUGGACAUCGAGGAAACCCAAUGUUCUACCAAGAAAAUACUCUGGCGGGUUACAAGAGUUUACUUGACCUAAAUGUGGACGGAUUUGAGACGGAUAUAUUCUUAACGAAAGAUAAGAAAUUGGUUUUAUUUCACGAUGUCAACACCAAGGUAUGUAGAAAGACUAAUGUAAUUAUUAUUAUAAUCAAACUGGUCAACUUCUCAGAUCCGCUUUAUCUGGUGUCUAUAGUGUGCAGUAUAGGUUUGUAAACUUGCUUACGUGAGGGAAGCACGUUUAAAAAUGUGUUUAUUGUUCAUUGCCACAUGUACUAGCUCAUUUUGUCGUUUGAUAAAUUAUAAAAUUCCUAUAAAUUCGAGUGCUCCCAUAUAGACAUGCAUUUACGAAAAUUAAAUCAAUUGCGGAUUGAUAAGCACAAUGCUGUACUGAUCGAUAAGUAUAAUUCCAUAUUUUUGACAAGAAAUCCAAUUGAAACUCCACUUCCGUAUUGUGCUUUCCUAGCACAACCAAUUUGAUCGUGUGUCGUGGAUAGAGUCGUGCGUUGUGGGACGAAAAAUGCCCUAAAAUUCGGGGGGGGGGGGAAGUUGGCUAUAAAACAGCUUUUGCCGAAUAAUUUCUGUUUUAGUAAAACGCUGGAUAUUUGAAAGAAAUUGUUCUUGACAUUCCUUUUUUUUAAUCUAUAUCUUGCACUUAUCUCAUUGUCCGGCGUGCAUGUCAAUAUACCAUGGACAUUGUAUAUUUUUAAUUUUAACUUUUUAACUGUUUGUAAUUGUAUAUCAUAUAUUUUUUCAAAAUGUGUUAUAAAAUAGAUGAAAUAGCUUAAAGGUGAUGUAAAGUCCGUAAUGUAAACAUAAACAAACGCUUUGUUUACAUUUUGAACUCACUGCUACAGUUGUAAACUAUGAUUAGAUAUAUUACACUGAAUUUUUAACACUUUUCUGGUUCGUUAUGCUUGUAAAUGAGAAUAUAUGCGCAGAACGGAUUUUGUAUUUAGUCUGAUGAUGUCGCUUGUAAUGUGACGAAACGUUACUCAAUAAAUUUAUAUACCAAAUGUUUUUUGAAUAUGCAUGCCUCUUUUACGAGUUAUUUGCUGGGCAAUAAUAUUUUUAACUGAAAUUCUUCAUAUUAUUCUCCCAUUUCGCAAAUACCAUAAUGAUUUCCGACUUGGGCGUAUAAUUGAGAAAAUGGGGGACAGACAGGAAGUAUCAAGUGCGGAGCUUUUAAAUUCGUUCAAUACGUUCAAGGACGUUGCACAGCUGUCUAAAACGAAAUUAAAGCAUAUCGCUAAAACAGUUUGGAGAUUGAUCAUGACAUUGAGAAGUCGUUUGAAAAGAAAGCCAUACAUAACCUCGUCUGCAAUGGUUUAAUAUAUCAACUUCGUCUUCGAGUUUGUCCGUGCCUUUGCCCCAAAACGCUGAGACACGAGUUUGCCUUCGCUAAGACAGCUGGAUUAAGUAGCCUGAAAACAGACCUACGUUUCGCCCACCCUAAAAUUCGCGGGUCGACGGACCCAUUACCAGAAUUUGGAAAUAUGUGGGUCCCACGAGGUUGUUACAACACAUCAUUCUCCACCGAUCCAGAGGAGAUGAAGACGAUCGAUGCUUGUUGUCACGCACAUGGAGACAAACCGAAGCCAUUAUUUGCAUAUUGUACCUGCACAGUUGGAAAGCGAUUUUUGCAAGUUUGAUUUUGCCACCGAAGUGUUGAGAGUACAAAUUUAAGUAUAAAUUGUUUUUUCAUUAAACAUACAGCUUGAGAGGUAAUUGCAGUCAUGUUAGUGCUUUGUUGUUUGCCUCGGCUGACAUUAUUGCAGAAGGAAAAGUGCAAAUCCCUUCAGACCCUAUUUGUACAGACUUGCCUUGCUCAUGGACAGAACCUAAAGGUAAAAAUUAUGUUCCUAUUUCGUACAUGAUCUAACAUGUUUACAUGAUUCUAAAUUGCAGUGUUUUAUUGUUCUUUCCUCUACAAAUAAGUCUCACGUUUGUGAUAAUUAUUACAUUGCCCGUUUAUCAUAUAAAUACACAUUUAUUAUGCUGAUCUGGGUUUUUUGUAGCGCAUUAUAUUUAUGUACAAAGUAUACAAUAAACAGAAUAAUAGACUCUUCAUGGUUAAGAAUGCAUUCAUGGCAAAAUUGAAAAGAAAUACAUAUUCAAUAGAUUGCAAAGGUCAAUAUUGCCAAUAUUUCUUUUCAAUCUUGUUCUUAUUAAUAUUAACCUGCACAUAAUCUUAAUUGUGAAAGUUGUGUGAUUGUUUGCACAAAGAUAUUGGACGCUUGGAAAUAUGAAAUUUAUUUUUUGUAUUGAGCAGGAUAUCUCACAUGUUUUGCUUGCUCACUUGCGAGAUAUUCUGGUCAACACUUAACUAAAAUAAAUUUAGUAUUUCUGCACAUUCUUCUUUGAAGAAUUAUCUUUAAGAAUUGUUGGUCUCAACUACCUGUAAAACAUAAUGGGAGUAAUGAAUAUUUUAUAGCACUCUCACCAAUUUAAUGGCUAAUUUGCUCUUUUUCCAGGUGCCAAAGUAAAGCCAGCAAUGGUUGAAAAUAUAAAUAUUUAAAAGCCAAAGUGGGACAGCAACCACCUGUAAAGAAGUUUCAACCAUCUCCUGCAUAACAGAGUAACUAUACAAGAAUGAAGACGAAAAUCCUGUGAUGAAGGAAAGACGAAAAUGCAACUUGAGGCAGGCAAUUUUAGAAGCUAAUAUGGGUAAACCUGUGCCUACCAUAGUGUACCCGUUAUCCAAGGUGGAAAAUGACCCUGCCUCAGAUACACCGAUAACCAACCGGUAUGUGAACUUAGUUUACCAGAUGUGAGUUGUGAGAAUGAUGCAAGUUUAGCUGUUCGUUGUGAUAUCGAGGGACACACUAGCUCAUAUGCAAACACUGAAGAUGUCAGUUAACAUCGAAGAUGGCUUGGAUCAUAAUCCUGGCAAUAAAAUUUGUUUGCAAGAAAUUCGAAAAAAAGCAAAAAAUUUCUUGAGUGAAAUAUAUAUGUAUGCCAAGCGUGCAAUUCGAAAAGUCGACUAGUCCAACUAAAGCACUGUGUGAGAUAUUAGGCUACAAGAAGCCAAUCCGAACAUCAUACAUGGAGGAUGGAAAGAAUUCAGAGCCAGAAAUUACACAACUGUAUGAAAAAAGGAACAAUUAUGUUAAUGUCAAACCAUGUGGAUUUUUUAUUUCGGCCACACAUCCAUUUCUUGGUGCAACAUCAGAUGGCCUGGCUGGGAAAGAGAGUACAACUAAAAUAAAAAAGAUCCACCCAAACACUGGAGAAUCCUUAUUGGAUGCCAUCAAGAGGCAGCAUAUAAUCAAGAAAAUAGGUGGUCGGAUCUCGUUUAAUUAAUAACAAUCACCUCUACUAUUACCAAAUUCAACAACAGCUGUUUUGUUCAGGAAGGUUAUGGGCAAGCCUUGAUAAAAUAUUUUUCUUCCUGGCAGCAUGCUUCCCAGACCAAAAAUUUCCUGCCAAUUUUUUUUAUAAAUAUGAAUUUUGGUUGUAAUACUACCUUACUUAGUGAUAUACUACCUCAAUAUUAAGAAAAAUAUAGGUUUACUAGAAUUAGGAACAUGAAGGAAUUCUAUGAAACAAUAUUUGAAUUUUGUUUUCAGAUUGUAAAUCAGAAUUUAUAUCAGUAUUCAUGCACUAUUCAAUAAUAGUAGUACGCCCUUGUUUUUCAAAUGUAUCAUAAUCAUGAAUCAUGAUAACAGACAGUCGUAGCACUGCCACAUGAUACAAUUUUUUAUGUUAUGAUUGUUGUAUUUAUGCUCUAACUGUGAUGUUUGUUACUUUUAUGCUGAUUUUUGAAAUUUCUCGAGCUUCAUUCUUGAUAUCUUGCUUUUCCUUAAAAAAUUUCCUGGCAGCAUGCUGCCAUGCUGGCGGACUUUCUCAUGCCUUAGUUAUGGGCUGAUUUUGUUGCUUCAGAUGGAAAGGACUUAUUUGUUCUGCACAUUGUUUACUGUCAGGAAUUUUUGGAAUAGCAACUACCCAGACUGAGAAAAUUAUAUUAUGACAUUAUACUUUAUUGGAACUUGCAUAUCCUCGGGUGAAGUUUGGACUCAACAGAAUUGGUAAACUUCGAAUUACUUAAUAUGAAUCCCUCCGCACUGUGGUAAGCCAAGAAUGAUCAUUACAAAUUUCAAUGAAUUAUUAAAGUGGCUCCAUAGGGUUUCUACAAUAAUUAACUAAAUAGCCACAAACAGUAAAUAUUUGUUCAGCUAAGUGUGUCAUAGUCAAAGGUAUUUCAAUUCCAAGAAUACGGUAGAUCUUGAUCCUCUGUAUGGCUCUCUCCACAUUUUAUCCCGCCUCAGCUAUAUUCUCUGACUUUCUGCCUUCUUAAAAUCUCUUAAAAUCUGGGAUGACAACUUUAACACCUGGAACACUUAACACAUCUUCAAUGUCAAAUCCACUGUCAGCCAUUAUUUCAUCUCCCUUCUUCACUGCAUCUAGUAAGUCAUUGCAGUUGAUGUAAUAUGUUUAUCUGUUGUGCAGCCCCCCCCCCCCCAAGCCCGAGAAACAUAAACAUUUGCUGCAUGUGUGUCAAUUCCAACUAGAAACUUGAAUGUUGUGUGGUCCUUUACGAUUGGAAUAUAUGUCCUUGCAUGCUUUCAAGGAUGAUGAUUUCUCUGUAAAAAUUUCUGUACAAUCAAUGAUAAUCUUAACAUUUGGAAAAUUGGAAAACUGCUUGGUCUUCCCUUCAUCCAUAGAUUCUGGCAUUUGACAAAGGUCUUUUAAUUCAAAGUACAUUAUAUUGAUCCAAGUGGUGAAUAUUUUGCUAAUAUUGCCUUCACUUAGCAUAAAACGUCAGUCAAGGUGAGUCCAAGUCUGAGGCGAAUCAGAACCAUGAAAAAUUCUUCCUCAAGCGAGAACUUGCAUGGUUGGGGCCCCUCUCUUUCUUUCUGUCACAUCUACCUUGUGUAACAUAUCUGACCCCCGUCCAGUUUCUCUUGUGUACUAAAGCACUCUCCUGCGGGUACUCAUUUGAAGAAAGCCCUGAAAGAACCAUAAUUAGGGAAUACAGUCCAGAACUGGAACUUUGAAUCAUCAUGCUUCAAUUCGUCUAGAAUGAGGCAUUGUGACCGAAGAUUUUUGUUUUCUUCUUCAAGUUUCUGUACUUUACUUUCCAAAUCAGUGAUAUGCCUCAAGGUUUCUGGAUCUACAUUUAGGUUGCCUGGAUAAAACUGUGGUCUACAGUAAUCAUGUGCUUUUAGAUUAUUUAAAUUAACAAGCUUUUAUAAUAAUUAUCUUUUUUUAUAUAUGAAGGCAGUUUACAGAGAUUUUGGCGUAAAAUAAACUAUUAAAUAUAAUAAAGUGACUUGUAUAAUGUGAUAACUGAACUCGACGUGCUACUGGCAUUUAACGAAAACGUUUCGUUUUAAACCGUUCAGUAUACAUACGCCUAGAACAGCACUGUUUACAAAACCAAAUAUUUUUGUUUAAUCACUCGAUUUAUACUAAGUUGACAGUCUAUGCAAAACGGUCAAGACUCUUUUUUAUAUCCAGUGCAGGCAAUAGUGAACUGAAUACAGUCAAAAGCUUACCGGUAUUCUUCGUUGUCUCUCUGGCUUUUGUUCUGCGAUAACUUCCAGUUCUGUAUCUUUAGUGGCACUGACACUGUUCUUCGUUGUCGUUGGCACUGUUUAUGUCAAUUCAGACCGUGUAAAUACCGAAGGAACAAAAUUUUGACUGGCCUUUUCAUUUGACUUGAAUCCGUUGGCGAAAUGACAAGAACACAGUCGUGUGUUUUCAGAAGGCACAAAAUCACGCCUAAUUCUAGCCAGUCAGCUCUUUCUCCUGUUUUUUUCUUUCGGGAUUCUGUUGAAUUGUAGUUCAGGGCUUUCUGUCAUUUGAACAUCCAGGAGCACAACAAUAAUCAUUUUUACCCAUUGUAUUAAACAUUUCCGCUAUCCGCAAUAUCUGCGACACCAAUAUAUUUUCUUUUUGAAAUUUCCCCCAAGGCGCAAAGCAUUAUGGUAUAUUUGCGAAAUUGGAGAAUGACACUUGUUAAAUGAACACGUAUAGGGUUCAUAUAACAUAAAUCUUACGGUAUAUCCGGAAUAGAGCCAUUGCGUCCUGGUGGUCCUCUGUAAAACUCUAUGUUAGUCUGUUAUAUUUAUAUGAUUAAACCUAUUAAGCACCAGCAUGGUGCUUAUAUGCGAUACAUUGCUCUGUGACAAUAUGUUAAUUGGUUUCCUACGGUACGAAUUAGGACAGUAGGAAAGUAUAUCAUUAUGACAAAGGUUAAGCAGUAUUCCCAAGAGGGCGCCGCCGUCUGAAGCAGAGGUAUAAAAGGAUGUUGUUUUUCAAGCGAAGUAUUCCGGUCAGUGAAGUAGCAGCUCAAACUUUGACUUGGAAAAAUUGAACUAGUUUUUCAUUCCUUGAAUUUUCGAAGUUUACAACUUUAUCAUUUGCUGACUGAGCGGGCAGCUAGCUGCUGUCUUGGUCCCGACCAGAUUUCCUGGGGCCGAUUGUAUAAAAAAGUGAUUAAAGUUAACUAUAGUUAGUGGAAACGUCAUCCAAUAAAAAGCGCGUAUUUGAGAGUUAAUCACUAUUUAACUACAAAAUAGUGAUUAAAAAAGUGAUUAAGAGUUUUAUACAACGGCUCCCUGGUGGAAGGUUUUCUUCAGCUUCGAAGACGAAGGGAAACAUUGGAAGACAAGAAGAUAAAAUCGAAAAUGCGAACAUGGUUUUAUCAUGAGCCGUUAUAAUUAUAUCAUUAGCCGUUUUGUCAUUAGUCAUCGCAAUAGACUAUAACUCUCGUUGCAUAAACAUUAAAUAAUAUGUUGUCUCAUAUCUUUAUUGGACACGCGUGAAUUUAUAACAAGUGUUAUUAUCACUCGUUCAUGUGAAUACAACAGAAUUGUAAGUACUAGUUAAAAUAUGAGCAGCUAAUCUUUAUGGGCAUUGUUAAAUACCUUUAAAAUACUCAUUAAUAAUUCAUAAACCUUGUGGCAAAUCAUGUCAGGCAUAAUAUGUCACGUGGAGUGACUUUAUAUCUGAUAAAACACAUGUGGCAUUAUAUAAUUGUUCAUCCCAAUUAGCAUGAUUAUAUAAUAGUUCAUCCUAAUUAGUAUUCUUUUGUAGUCGUAUUUUAAGCUAUUCAAAACACUCGUUGUCGUGUUGUUUUAAAUAGUACUUCAAACACUAAUUAAUAAUUCAUAAGCUUAUUGGCAAAUCAUGUCAACCAUAAUAUGUCACGUGCAGUGGCUUUAAACCUGAUAAAACACUCCUAAUUAGUAUUCUUUAUAUAAAGAAUACUAAUAAGGCUGUAUCUAUUGUAGUCGUGUCCUCAUUAGUAUUGUUUAUAUAAAGAAUACUAAUAAGGCAGUAUAUCUAUUGAAUUUGUAGUCGUGUUUGAAGCCGUUUAAUAAACGAGCAGGAGUGUUUUAUUAGGUCUAAAGCCACUCGCGCUGCGCGCUCGUGUCUUUAAACCUAAUAAAACACUCCUGCUCGUUUAUUAAACAGUACAUAAAGAUUAGCUGCUCAUAUUUUAAUGUUAGGUACUUGUAAAAUGAAUUUAUUUAUUUACUUUAUUAGUAUUCACUGCCCAAGGGGACAAUCUCACGCUUCAUUCGCACAUCCCUCCAUAACCGGUCUUUCUGAUCUUUAUUGCGGUUUACAAGUGUGCACAUGUGACCUAAAUACCGCGUCGUGAUUUGUUUGUGGCCUUAUUAAUUAUUCAUGAAUUUUACAAAUGAUGUUAGAAGACUUUUACUAAUAAAGAGCUGUCAUACAUGUCUGGGCCACAGCAAGUGUUCUCCAUGCAAUGGUCGCUGCAGUUGUGUAUGCGUCAAGUAGAAAUGAAUUGUUAAACCAGGCACCAGUAACAUAUGUUGCAUAUUUAUCCCCUCCUUCAUGCCUAAGGCUAUGUUUACAUUGUAUCGGAUCACUUUGCGUCCGACGCAAAAACCGUACCGGAUAGGGCUUCUGUUUACAUAUCAAAUGUUGUUAUCGUCUCAAUUUCUGCAACGGACCGGUGGUGCGGCGGUUCGCUCCUCGAAGUGGUGCGCGAUGUAUCGGAUCGCUUUUUGCAACGCUCUCAUUGUAAUGUAAACACAAAUCGGAGCAAUUUUCGGUUCAAUACGUGACUCAAGAUGGCAUCUGGGAAACAAAGACUUGCUAUUCUAAUCUUAUUUGCGGGUAUAGCUUGCUCACUUAUAAUAUUUUUGUAUUUAGAUGGGCGAGGACGGAAGCUGUUUACACUUGGGCCGUAACGUUUCGUGAACGAACCAAAAACCGAUCCGAUACAAUGUAAACAUAGCCUAAAAUUUGCAUUAAAAAGACAAGCAAUAAAAACACUUCGUGUUCGAACAAAUGUCAAGAGUGCAGUAAGAUGGCCAGAGUUUGGGUCGUGGGCAAAAAGUCGUGCGUCGUUGGUAAAGUUCGUGGGUCGAAAAAUACCCUAAACCUUUCGGUAUUUUCCCGGACUUUUUUAGAUUAAUUCCGAGCCCCACAGUGAAAUUGAAAGAAAAUCCCAGAGCAUGUUCUUCAUCUAUGUCAGAUGACUCACCCUCUUUAGAACUAGUUUUGCCGAGAAAAAGGUACGUAUGAUUGACUUAAUAGAAGAAAAAUUGCACUGUAGCAGUUCUUGAAGUUAUUUUACUCUGAAAUGUCCAACUACUAACACUUUUCAAAAUGGCCUUUGCCUCGGUUUGCCCAUUCCCAUUUUUGUGUCUUUCAUUCCCAGUCCCAAUAACCCAAAUCCAAUUUUCUCAGUCCAAAAAUAGGGAAAUCGAAGUUCCCAUUUACCCCUUCAGGGCUCACAUAAGAUCACUUUGCUUUCGAACUACCCUGCGUAGCAGUAUGCAGACUAUACGUUUGGACUAAAGUCAAGAGAGCAGCAUGAUGUCCAGGCGGCAGAUACAUAUGACACAAUUAAUUAAAGAAAACGUUUACUUAAUUAGAUGCAUAAUAAUACCUCGUACUCCGACAAAAAUUAAAAUGCCCGCACACACUAACAAACACAGGCAAACACUUGCUGAGUUCAUAGUCUGUUCAACUAGGGUUAUAUGUCCUGCUCAUAAGCGGUAAUUUUAGCUGCUUUGGAGCUAUUUCUGCUCUACUUGAUCCAAUUAUAAAUUUAGUAAUGAUCGAUUUCAUGCGCGCAUUAUAUGUAUGUCGGUAUCUCGCCGAAAAUGCGCUUAUAUAUAUUGAUUGCAUCAUCCAUGGGUACAGUUUUAGCCAUAUCAUUUCUUUACUUGCCAGCUGCAUGGACAUUCUGCUGCGCUCUUGAUUUUAGUUGAAACACAACCUGCGUUAGCGUAUACUGCUAAGCAGGCUAGUUCGAAAGCAAAGUUCUUUUAUCACUUGUCUCGUCAAUGCAAGGUUCAGACAUGAAGAUGGAAAUAAAUAUGCAUAUUCAUCCAAUUCCUAGUUUAACUGUAGAAUUAACAGAACGUCGAGUUUUACAGAGAAGCACCUGGACGCAUUGACUUUUAUUCCAGAUAUAAGGUUUAUAUUAUGAAUCCUACGGUUUCAAUAAUAUGCAAUCGGAUCCAAAUACAAUGUUAUAAUAUAAAGAAUUUCGGUUAAAUAUUCAGUUGAACAUUGGCGAUCGUUUACACGCCAGUGCCGUAGCCAGAACGAUAAUUGGGGGGGGGGGGGCACAUAUUCAUAUCUUCGUGUUCUGCUUUAUUAAUUUCUUUUGAAAUCAAUUGUUUUUAUGGUAUGUGAACACGAAUAUAUGAAUAUGUGCUCCCCCCAAUUAUCGUUCUGGCUACGGCACUGUUACACGCGUUUUUCUGCAACAUUGAUUAUUCGGCAAAGGUACUCUUUCACCAAACCCUGAAAAUUUAUAUAGAAAUCACAGAACGCCGAGUUUUCCAAAAGGAAAUUUAUGACUUUUUUGACCCACGACGCACGACUGUUUUAUCCACGACACAUUACUAAAACUAAAACUAAAACUCUUUUCCUAGCAACCCAAGAACAUCUAUUCUUCCCUCGCAAACAAGCAUUAUAUGUAUUUAAA